CAAAAACUGCUCUAUUAGUAAGAAACCUGUACACUUUACCUUGUUAAUAUAUAAGCUUAUAUUUCCUUUCUAAAAAGUUAUCAAACCUAUCCUAAAUGGAAAUAGGAAACGAGAUAAGUCAAAAAAUAAGGUCUGCCAUCAAGACGAAGCUUGUGGAACUGGGUGCCUAUGAAGAUGAAGAACUACCUGACUACAUCAUGGUGAUGGUUGCUAAUAAAAAGACCCGGGAACAAAUGAACGAGGAUCUUCAUUUAUUCCUUGGCAAUAGCACUGAAAAAUUUACUGCUUGGUUGCUGUCUAUUCUGAAUAAAUUGAAAGCUAUUACUAUAGGAAACCCACCGAGUGUAGCUGCCGUAAUUCCACAGGAAGUAAACACUACAAAGAAUCUUAGAAGCAACAGUAAUGGCACUGAUAACAAAGAACAUGAGCUGAUUCCAGAAUUGUUACUGCAGACGGAAACAGAUGAAUUUAAUGAAGAACAAGAAGAAAUCAACACACUAAACGCUACAGAGAAAUCGGACAUCACUAAAACCUUAACAACAACAUGUGACAAAAUUAAUAAAGUAAAUUCAGACUUAAAAACUGCACCUUCCAUUUCUACCACAACCACAAAAAUGACCUCCCGUGUGCAGCCAUCCAUGUUUUACUUGAACUCUGCAUCUAAUAAUAUUACUUCACAGACUCAAUCUUCCAUUUCUAAUGAAAAUACAAUUUCCUCUCAGUCUGCAGCUUAUGUUUUCCCCAAAAGUAAGCCAAUAACAUCUCGUUUGCAAAUGGACCUCAUUUCAAACUCUCAUAAGGGUCAAAUACCAAAAGUCAUCACUCAUCCUAUCAUAUCUAAAGAACAACAACAACUACAGCUUGCCAGGCAAAACAGAAAGCGGCGGGUUCCUGGUUCAGUAAUUGGCUCUAUAAUCCACCAUUCUAGUGAAGAAGAAGAAGAAUAUGAUCCAUACAAUCCUUCUUACGGCAGCGUUGCUAGCGUCAUUCGAGUCACAGAAAGAAAGUCCAGUAUACCUCCAGAACUACAAGCUAAUAAAUGUUUGUUAUUGAAAGCUGUGAAAGAUGCUCAUAAAUCGUUAGCAACACAAGAAAAACGAAAUGCAGAACAUGCCAUGAUAAAACCUAUGUUUCAUGAAGUUCCUGAAAAGAAGUUGAAGAUGUCUGAGAGAAUUAAAAGCAAACAGCCACCGCUGUUUACAAGGUCCAAACUGGCUGUACAGGAUUUUCCUGAAUCCAACCAGUAUAACUUUGGAGAUGAUGAUGAUGAAUUGGAGGCUCGUCAAAACAAACUGAGACAAGUGGAAUGUAACAAGCCUGGACAAAGGAUUGCUGUGAUCAAGCAUUUAGAAUCAGCGAAAUUGAAUGAAGAACUAAAUAAUGAAUCCAUUGCAGAAAUUGAGCUUGAUGAAGACAUCCAGUUGUGUAGUGAUCUGUUAAAUCUUCCUGAAGAGGAUUUGGUCGAGACACCACCGCCAGCACGAAUUGUGAAGAAAAACAAGAAAGAAACAGAAGAUAAAACACAAUUUAUUGUAACAUUAGAUGGCUAUGAUGCAUCCAAAAUGAACAGCACCUCAUCAUUUCAGUCACCAACAGACCAGAAUGAAACAACAAAUUCAUCUAUGCAGUAUCAAAUGACGCAGAUAAAACCUUUAGCUUUCAACAUCAGUGACACAACCGAUGAAGAUGAAGAAAUGGAUGAGAGUAAAAGUUCAGCCUUGAAAACGACGACAGAGAAAUGUAAGUUCUGGCCUUCCUGUCAGAAUGGCACACACUGUAAAUACUAUCACCCGUCAUCUCCUUGCAGUAAAUUUCCUAAAUGCAAAUUUGGGCAGGAUUGUCUUUAUAUCCACCCAAAAUGUAAAUUUGACACCAAAUGUUCGAGAACAGAUUGCCCAUUCAGUCACAGUUAUGCAAAACCAGCAGCACCUCCAGUAGCAGUGCAGUCUCUUCCAGCUGUACCAGUUGCACCUCCUGCUACACGACAACCUGCCACUCAAACACUUCAAUGUAAAUUUUUCCCUACUUGUAAAAAUAUGAAUUGUCCAUUUACCCAUCCAAAGCCUUGUCGGUAUGGUAUUAGUUGUACAAAUAAAACAUUUUGCACCUUUUACCAUCCACCAUUACCAAACAAAAAUCAACUACGAUGGAAAGCAGAGAAAUCCAGAGCUGAGAAUCAGUCUGAAUUGGAAGAUGAUAUGGAAUUAAAUGUUGUACAUUGGAAUAAUCCCUACAAAGUUGUUAACACUAGCAGCUGAUAACAUGGGUGUGACAUGAUGCCUUGAAUAUUUGUGAAACUACUACUACAACUACAAAAUUCUUCCAGUGCAUACCUGUGCAUAUUGCAAUUUAACGUUCUUCAUUCUGAAGAAACUUGUCUUAAAGUUCCUUAUUGCAAGCACUUACCUCUCUCUCACUCUCUGUCUGUUUCCUUCUCUCCCUCUCUCAUAUAUAUAUACAUACAUACAUACAUACAUACAUACAUACAUACAUACAUACAUAUAUAUAUAUAUAUAUAUAUUUAUAUAUAUAUAUAGAUAGGUAAUAGAUAAUAUAUCCAUUUCCUAUCUCACACACACAUUUACAAUAAGUCUUAUAAUUUCCCUGGACAUUUUUAAUUUCCUUUCUUGGAAUUUAAUAUUGGUUGUUAUUUCUUCAAAUCCUUCAGUUGAGUCAGUAAUUGCCAUGAUUAUUACAAAUAAGCUUUAUUUUAAACACUCUUCAGCAGAAUUAAAAGAAGGAUUUGUUGAAAUUUGUAUCAAUGUAUUUUAUCUUUUUACAAAAAAAAAAAACAAUUGUCUUAAAAUUGUUCUCUAAUAAGCAGUUCCACUGUUAAUUCAUUUUCUGUUGGAUAUAUGUAUAUACGUAUGCAUGUGUGUGUGUGUGUGUGUAUGCAUACAAGUAUAUAUGUAUGUGUGUAUGUAUGUAUGUAUAUUUGUAUGUGCGUAUGAUGUAUUAUUUUGU